AUGAACGAUCCAGAACUGUAUAACGUGGCUAAUUCUAUGCAAAAGAAUGCAGCAGUCCAAUGUCUUAAUGAAUAUGCAAAGAAAAUGAACUGGAAAAACAUUGGAGACAGCGCUAUUGACCUAGGUUGUGGUGAUGGCAGUGUCACGGUUAUCUUAAAGAAAUACAUGCCUAGUAACUAUAAGAAGUUAGUCGCGUGUGACAUAAGUGAAAAAGCUGUGAAAUAUGCAAAUGAACAUCACAGUGAUGAAGUCACCAUAUUCAAAGUGAUGGACAUCCAAGGAGAUCUGCCUGAAGAAAUGCAUUCAGCAUUCCAUCAUGUGUUCUCUUUUUAUGCAUUGCACUGGAUACGAAAUCAAGAGAAAGCGUUUAGAAAUAUCUACAAUCUUCUAGAAGAAGGCGGCGACUGUCUCCUCACCUUCCUUGGCUACGCUCCGCUUUACAGUGUCUAUAGUAUAUUGUCCCAGUGCUCCAAAUGGGAAUCUUGGUUGAAAGACGUCCAAAAGUUCAUUUCACCAUAUCACGAUAUGCAGGAACCAGAAAAGAAAGUCACUCAAAUGAUGCAAGAAAUCGGUUUCAGAAAUAUCGACGUGAAAUGCAAGGAAAUGCGUUUUGAAUUUGACAGCGUAGAAGCUAUGAAAAACACUAUAAAAGCUAUCGAACCUUUCGACAUGCCGAAAGAUGUGUAUGAAGAGUUCAUGCAAGAUUACUACUCGGUGGCCCAAGAGAUCGGUGUCGUAGAAAUAAAUAACAAUAACAUCGGAGACACGUCAAUCAAUUGCUCCUAUUCUCUGCUAGUCGUCUGCGCAAGCAAAUGA